CGAAAGUUAAGUCUGCAGACAGAACCCGGUCACGGAGACAGAGAGGAGCUGCUGCUGCGGGAGACAUUCUCAAGCUAAGCUCAACAUUUCUUCACUUUGGCUUUGGGUUUGUCAAUUAUGACAAGUGAAUCCUCCCUCAUUAUUUCUACGAUGUCCACGGUCAUGACACAUUUUGACUGCAGCUGGUGACUUAGCAAUAUGAGCGUAUCACCAUGUCAGCUGCCAAACUUGAUCCUCUUACAACAACAUAUGACCUCAAAUUUGUAUGCAUUCAAUGCUCUGUCGAGGAGAAAGAAAUUACCUACAGGUUAAAACCAGUCCAACACCAGUGUGCACGCAAUCUCCUGCUCUGCAGAGCCAAGUGUGGCAGCAAAUGGAGGCCUGUGUCAAAGAGGCCCACAUUUCCAAAUCCCAGUCGGUAUGAGGUGUGUUGCUUCUUUAAGGAGGGUAAAGGCUGCUCACACCACAAGAAUCGGUGCACCUUUGCCAGAAGUAAGGAAGAAGCUGAUGUUUGGACAUUUGAGAAGUAUCACAGAAUCAACCAUGCGUUGCUCUGUAAAUUUAUAGCUCAGUCUGACAGAGGAGCUGAUUCCCCUGAUGACUGUGAACCUCUGGGUGGCCUCCUGCCAGUUCUAGAUUUGAAGGCUGCAUGCAACCUGUGUACUGUCAAAGAGAACGAAAUAUCCUACACAGUUCUGUCAGUGAGUCACAAGUGCAGGAGAAAUCUUUUUUUAGCCAAAGACAAAUUCUCUGUCUUCUGGAGGCCUGUCUCUGAGCCGCCUACAGGUGGACAAUUUGGUCGUAAUGUCUUUUUCCAAAUGUGUCACUUCUUUGUGGAGGGCUCUGGGUGCACACAACACGGGAAGACCUGCACCUAUGCCAGAAGCGAUGAAGAGGCCACUGUGUGGAACUAUUUGAAAGAUAAACGCAUUAGUAGAGAGGAGUUCAUCCGACUUGUAAUUGAUUCUGAACCGAUUUCAAUCACACCGGAGAGUACAGCGGAAAGCAUUCUCCAGCAGUUUCCAGGUGAAUUCAUUGAGCUCUGCAAAAACUGCUUUAAUGACAAGCCACAGCAACUAACACCCAAAAGAUGGAAUGCCACUUGCUCAGCAGAUGCAGCACACAUCUGGGACCCAGUCUUAGUUCAUCACCUGUCAGAGAAUAAGAGAAAGCACGUUUACAGCCAGGUGCGCCCCCUCCCCCAGAAAUGUCAGUUUGAGUACUGCAGUCAUGUCAUGGAAGGGAAGCCCUGCUGGCACCAGGCCGGUUGCUGCCAGGCCGCCCAGAGCGAAGUGGAGAUGGCGGUGUGGAAAGCGGAGCACAGCGGUCUCUCCGUGCGGCCCCAGGUCCUGCAGCUGAGCCGGCUGCAGCACCCGGUGCAGCGGCAGGUCACCAUGUACUGCAAAGUGUGCCUGCUGGUCCUCUCCUCUCCGGAGAGCUUCUACAAGCACUGCUCCUCUCUGGAACAUGCCCAGCUCCUCUCUGAGGACACCACCACCAGGUGGAGGGGACGGCAGCCUCCACACAACCAUCGGUCUGAGUUCUGGCUCUGUGAGAGACCACAAACAUGUGAGUACGGCAACAAGUGCCCCAAAGCUCACUCUGAGGAGGAGCUGAAGGAGUGGAUGAUGCGAGCUGCAGAGGAGAAGGAGAUCAGACAGAACAUCGGAGACCAGGGUCUCAUGUGCUAUAACGAAAAGCUGCUGGAGGAAUACAAAAACAGCAGCAAUGAAGUUCACAUAUUAUCAGACCAAGUGAACGAUGUCAGCAUCUCCUGUGAUGGAGAUUUGACUGUGGAGUGCGAGCAGAUCAAUGAAACACUGCGAUGGAACUUUCAAGUUGAAACAGAGAGACAGCUGUUGCACGUGGCGCUGCUAAAGCAAGAACCAGGAGCCUCCUUUACGCUGGGUGACAUCAGUUCGGAGCCCUGCAUCUACUCCUCUGGUGAACAUUUUCUCACUGACGACACGACCUAUGACAUCACCGUAUCUUUCACAUCCAUCAACCCAGGCCUGUUUGACCAGUGGUUAGUACUAGAUUUUGCCAUGAGACCAGUGCUCUUGAAGAAACUCUGGGUUAGAGUAGGCAAGCUGUCAUUGGAUGACGUUGAACAACCAACAGUGACGUUUGGAUCCACCUUUCAAAGUGCUGAGCGCUGGCAUCGAGGGAACAGGGUAAUCAUUCCAUGUUCUUCCAGGACAGAAGAACAGGAAGAGCUUUUAAAGAAGUACAAGCCUCCACAGAUGAGCUUUCUCUAUAAAUCCUCCUACAGCACCCAAACACCUCUGAACAGUGACAACUACAAAGAAAGAAUGCACCAGUUCCUGUAUGACGAGGAGCGGGCAGAGGACCAGAUUGUUUCAAGGUUAAAUGUGUGUGGAGAAAUUACAACAGUGGACACGUUGAACAGUACAAAGUUUGGCAUGAUGAUAGCUCCUUGGGGAGAACUGUUUUGUGCCGUCUCCAUUCCUUGUAAUCUCACUCCAGACACCCCUGAGGGACUGGCACUGAAACGCAGCAUCCAGUCUGCCCUGAUAGCCCCUUUAUCUAGAAGUGGUCAGAACUCCAAGGUCUAUGAAGCCAGCAUACAGAAAGACCAAACAAGUGAGAACACCAUGUAUUUGCAACUGUCUAAAAAGUGUUGCUCUGAUCUUACACUCAAAAGCAACGAGUCGUAUCAAAUGGAGGUGCAGUUCCAGCUCAAUCGUUACAGCUCCUGCACAAUGCACAAGGCCAUAGACCUCCUUCCUGAUACAAAAAUAGUGCUGCCAGACCUUAAACACUGUGGAGUUCCUGUGAAUAACAUCCACCAUGAGAAGCUCAACCCAAAGCAGCAGUCGGCAGUUGAUUUUAUCACAGGAAGCUCCAAUGCCCAAAAGAAUUCAGCACCACUCCUCAUCUACGGACCCUUUGGAACUGGGAAAACAUUCACCCUUGCUUUAGCAGCCCGAGAGCUGUGUAAGCUGCCUCACAACAAAGUGCUUAUUUGCACCCACACCAACAGUUCUGCAGAUCUGUACAUCAGAGAUCACUUCCAUCCAUUCAUCAACAAGAAAAACGAUGGAGAGAGACCCAUUCGAAUAAAAAAGAACAAACAAGGGAAAGCUUUGUUUGCCACAGAUGAGAUCACUUUGAAAUACUGCUUGCUUUCAGAAGACAAACAGUUUUUUUUACCACCUACAAAAGCUGCUCUAGAUCAGCACAAAAUAGUUAUAACAACCACCGCAAUGGCAGGAAGUUUUAAUGACCUAAAUCUCCCAGAGGGAUAUUUUACCCAUAUACUGAUUGAUGAAGCCUCUCAGAUGCUUGAAUGUGAAGCCUUGAUGGCCCUUGGCCUUGCCGGUCCACAAACCAGAGUUGUUUUGGCUGGAGAUCACAUGCAAAUGGGACCCAAGCUUUUCUCAGUGGAUGACCAUCACCGUUCAAAUCACACACUCCUUAAUCGCCUCUUCCACUACUAUCAAGGCCAAAAGUGUGAUGCUGCUCAGAAUAGCAGAAUCAUUUUCAGUGAAAACUACCGCUCAACCAAAGAGAUUGUGGAGUUUGUGUCCACCAAUUUCUACGUCGGUAAGAAUGACGUUAUCAAAGCUAAAGGAGAUGUUCCGCCUCCUGCAAAUGGCCAUGCCUUAAAGUUUCACCAUGUUAGGGGAGAAUGUCUCUUGGACACUGGGUCUAUGUCUUGGUGUAACAAAGAAGAAGUUGUCAAAGUGGCUGAAGCAGUGAAAGAGGUUCUCGAAGGGUGGCCAUCGACAUGGGGGCCCAAGGACCCAAGCUCAAUCUGCGUUCUAUCAGAUGGAUGUCAGGUCUGGCAAAUAAGGAAAGCACUUUUGAGAAGAGGCUUGAAUGGGGUCCAUGUUGAGAAUCUUGCAAACGUGCAAGGUAAACAGUUCAGGGCAGUCAUAAUGACUGCUGUGCAAACACGUGACAGCAUAAAGACCUCUCACCUACCUGGUCUGGAGCUGUUCAAUGAUGCGCGUGUGUUAAACACUGCAAUGACCAGAGCUCAGUCCCAGGUGGUUGUGGUUGGAGAUGCUGCUGCCCUCUGUUGCUUUGGGAACUGCUCAAAAGUCUGGAAAAGCUACAUAGAUCAUUGCAUCAGCAACGAAAGUGUCACACCAAAGCAUUUCACCAAGGAUUUCUUCAUGAAAGAUGUCAUGGAAACGACAAGGUUUCAGAAGCCUGAACAUGUUGAUGAGAGCAGCACUCUCAGCGAUGCUAUUCUUCAAGAGUUAAAAGAUGACUAUGAUCUCCUGAAAACAGAACACAAUUCAGAUGAGGACAGGUGGGAAUGUAAAGACUUCAACCACCAUCAGUCAAGAUCAUCACACAAUAUCAGUGAUGUUGAUGCAGAUCUUUUUGAGUUGACCAAGAAACAUCCAGGCAAGUACAAGCACGGAAAGUUGGUCAGAGAGUCAUUUAACAAAGGUUAUGUUGUACCACUUGACAACCCCACCUUAAAAAUACACAUCAAAGGAAGAGAUAACCUGGGUAAGACCUUUACUGGAGAUGAAGUGCUCUUACAAACAGGGAAGGUGAUCAGCAUCACAAAGGAAUCUGAAUCAGCCCGUGAGCUUGUGUGUCUGCUUGAGGACAAGGAUCACAGCAAACCCGGACACAAUUCUGAAUGCACAUUUAUCACAAGAACGAUGAUGCCCAUUGCAAAAUCUGAACCUAAAAUAUGCAUACUUAUCAGCAAGAAAAAACGUAACUUCAUUCCAAUAUGGGAAAAAAUGAAUGAUCAGUGGACGAUUGCAACAUAUCAACAUCUUGAUUCAAAGCUCAAACAGAACAAUGUAUUUGUGGUGCAAGUGAUUGGAUGGAAAGAAAAUUGUUAUCUACCAUUAGGGAACGUCAUAGAUAUUAUUCCAAUCGGAAGUUCUUUGUUUGAUGGACUACAGAUCCUGAAUAAAGAAUUCAAAGUCAAACCCAAUACAUGUAAUGCAAGACGAAGAGACGAAGAAGGGACAGACAGAGAGAACUUAAGCAACACGAUCACUUUCACUGUUGACCCCGAAGGAGCAAAAGACUUGGACGACGCCAUCAGUGUCAGAGAAAUUGGAGAGCAUGAGUAUGAGUUGGGAGUCCAUAUUGCAGAUGUGGCAAGCUCUGUGGACCCAGGUUGUGAAUUGGACAAGGAGGCACAACAACGUGGUGUUACAUAUCACUGUGGCAGUGUUAGUGGACAACCUUCGCACAUGUUCCCCGAAGUGUCCAGCACCAAAACCUUCAGUCUUCGGUCGGAUGGCGAACAACGCAGGGUGGUUUCCUUAAUGUUCAAAGUAAACAAGAACACAAAUGAGAUCAAUGGAAAGCACAAAUUUCAGCUGUCAUCGAUCAAGUCUAACAGGCAGUUGUCUUAUAACGAGGCGGAGACCAUGAUCACUGACAGGUAUAGAUGGGAACCUGCAUUUGACUCUGUAGAAGACUGUGUCACAGUGGCUUAUCGUUUUGCAAAAGCUCGAAGGAAGGACAGACUGGGCUCAGAUUGGGCUUAUUCUCAACCUGAUGAUCAGAGAUUGCCAGGAAAGCGCAAAGCCAAUAUGAUGGUGGAAGAGCUGAGUGUGUUAUUUAAUACACUUGCAUCGAAGGAUUUGAUUGACUCGAGGAAAACCUGGGAUCGCACACCCCUUCGCUGUCAGGCAGAACCUGACACUGAAAAGAUAAAAAAUUUCAAGGAGACAUGUGGAAAACUAAUACCUCUGUCUUUUCAUGUGCGGCACAAAGUUGGCAAAGUUGGCAAAGUUGACGAAGUACACGAAGACGACGAAGUAGACGAAGAUGACGAAGACGACGAAGAAGUUGACGAAAUUGGCGAACAACCCUCAAGCUGUGAAAACAUCCGCAUACUCACACAAGUGUGGGAAGAUAUCCAGUCAGCUGCCAGAGCAGAUGAUAUUGACAAAAUGGUUGACCUAAUUGCGGCAGAUGACAUCCACCCUGAGCUCCAACCAGUCGUUGCUCAGUUCAGAAAAUGUUCCAGUAAAGCUAAAGUCAUUUGUUCCAACUCCAGAGAACAGUUUAAGCAUUAUUCUCUGAACGUAGAUUCUUACACACAAGCCACCUCACCAAUACGGCGGUACAUGGACCUCAUCUCGCAGAGACUUUUGCACUCCAUGAUACAUAACCGGAGAUCGCAAUACACUGCGGACAAGAUUGCAACUUUGUGUAGUCAAUUUGAGGACAAUCUCAAGAAAGCCAAGGAGUAUGAACAAAGGGUCGAGCAGGUCUCCUAUGCAGUGAGCAUGAAGAAACAAAGUGCUUCCAAGCUAGCCUUUGUUGGGAGUCCCAACCGAGACAGUGUUCCAGUGGCAUUUCCUUUUAACAAAAACGUAUUUGCAGAAGGUUUAUCAGUUAUGUACAAGGAUUUACAAUUGUGUGACCAACCCAUUCUUGAUGAAAAAAAUUGCUGCAUCACUCUUACUUGGAAAAGGCGGAUCUACGCAGUUGAAGACAUUCAAAUCCACAAAGAGUUGAAAAUGCCAAACUGUGGUCCUUGCAUUGAGCUUCCACUGAUCACAUGGAAAGCCACUUUUGAAGCAAUCGACAAAGAAAACUGGGAUCAUGCAAAGUUUCUCACAAUGGAAGCUAAUGCUAAGCAGCUGGAAAAAGCAAUUAUCCUGCCACAAUCGUCUGAAACGCCACCUCAUAAGACAAAGUCAUGUGACUCUGAAGGGCAGGAGGAACCAAGGGAGCAUGAGGUUGAGAUAAAAUUCCAGUUGCAGAGAGGUGACACCCUUCAGAUCCAAAUGACCACUGAGGUAAGAAGAGGUUACAACUUGCCUGCUGUUCAGUUGGUGCGGAUUAAACCAAAGUUUGAGAUCUGUGUGGACCAUGUCCACAGCGCCAUCACAUGCUUCGCCAGAUAUGCAGAGGAACCAUCAAAAAUAUUUUAUAGAGACACCAAUGAGUAUGUACAGAUCUGGAUACCAUUGUGUAAAAUGGAAUCUGCUUCCUGUGCAGUGGAUGAGAGUGACAGCAUAGUCAUUGAGAACCUUGUGGUAAACUUCCGUCCAAAGCAGGAAGGCAGACUAACAGGGAGCUUCUUCUUACCUAUUGCAUGGAUCACUGAAUGGGCCAUUGAAUGUAACCUUUCAAAGUGCUUACUGUGCAUACGGAAAAGAGGUUUGACGCUGCCUUCAACCCCAGAACAUUCUGCUCUGGUGGACCCAAGAGAGUUCACAUGGGUGGCCCAUGGUGUCACAAUAAGAGUAGAACCAAAAAGACCUCCAAAUGAAGGAAGUGAAGUGGAGUUCUAUGUCCAUCACCUGCCGAUGGAGAACAUUCCUGAUUGCGUCUUUCAGAAAAACACUUCUUUCACAGUUGAAAUAAUCCCAAAGCUUCUGCCUGACAUCCGGAAAGAAGAGGCUGUGCUCAGCAUUACGUAUGCAUGUGACCUUGUCAAGGCUAUAGCACUUGGAGCACACAUUCCAAGAGAGGUAAAAGCAGUGUGGAACCACCAGAGGAGAGAGCUACUCUAUGGACUGCCAUCGUUUAACCAGAGUCAGCAUCUUGCUGUGGAGAAAGCUCUAAACAAUACCUUCACAAUUAUACAGGGACCACCUGGGACCGGAAAGACAGUCGUAGGUGUGAAGAUAGUGCUCGAUUUCUUUCAGCAGAACACUUUGAAUCCACGGAAUAAUGUGGACCCAAGGGAUGAGAAGAAGAAACAAGUUAUUCUCUACUGCGGCCCAUCCAACAAGUCUGUUGAUGUUGUUGCAGAGUACCUACUGAGAUUUGGGGACAAACUCAGGCCCCUCAGGUUCUAUGGCCAACAAGUGGAGAUGCUUGAUUACCCCUUUCCAGACUGCACUCUGCAGUUUUCCCGGAGGUCAAUCCGUCAAGAACGUGCCAAACCAGAGCUCAGGAGCAUCACUCUGCAUCACCGCAUGCGAGAGGACACUAACCCUUGUUCAGGUCAAAUAAAGGAUUUUGAUCAACGCAUUGGUGCACAAACAAAAUUGACUGAUGAAGAAGUGAAAGAAUACAAAAUACUUCUGGCAAAGGCUCGUAAAUAUGAGUUUGAACAGCAUGACGUCAUACUGUGUACAUGCACACAGUCUUCCACCCCAAAUCUGACAAAGACGGUCAGUGCACGUCAGAUCCUCAUUGAUGAAUGUGCAAUGGCCACUGAACCCCAGGCCCUGAUUCCAUUAGCCUGCAACCGUCCAGAAAAGAUUGUUUUGAUUGGGGACCAUAAACAGUUACGACCCGUUGUGAAGGAUGUGCAUGUGAGGAAGCUGGGGAUGGCCAAGUCCCUAUUUGAACGUUACCAUGCAAUGCAAAAGAAGAGGGCAGUCAUGCUGGACACCCAGUACAGAAUGCAUGAGGAUAUAUGCGAGUUCCCGUCUCAAGAAUUUUACGAGGGAAAUCUGAAAACCGGAGAGGUGCAGCCGAGCAGCGUCCUCCGUGUUGACAACAAGCCCAUGCCGAUCGUUUUUGGGGACAUCAAAGGAAAGACCGUCAGCCUGGUGGUCAGCACAGCUAAGGGCAACGAGAACUCCAAAGCCAACGAGGAAGAGAGAAUCAAAGUGGUUGAAAUUGCUGAAAAGCUGGUGACUAAAGCCAACAUCAAACAGCUAAGUAUUGUGAUUCUGUCCCCCUAUAAUGCCCAAGUGUCAGAAAUCCGAGAUGCGCUGAAGAAGAAGAAGUUGGAUAAAAUCACCGUUACCACAAUCACUAAAAGUCAAGGAAGUGAAUGGCGCUACGUCAUCAUAUCUACUGUGUGCUCUCUGCCAAGUGAAGAGAUUGAGGCAGAACCGGAGGGAGCUUGGCUGUCCAAACAUCUGGGCUUUGUGGGCGAUCCCAACCAGAUAAAUGUGGGCAUCACCAGGGCCAAGGAGGGACUGUGCAUCAUUGGGAACCAGGAGUUGCUGAACUGCGGGCGAACUUGGAAAAAGCUCCUGGCCCAUUACAAGCGUCACAACGCAGUGACCGAAGCGGACAAGAUUUCAGUGUUAGAUGUCCCCAAACGUUCGUCUGUAUGAGCAGCACGGCAGAGCGCCUGCAGCACACAGCUUCACAAAGAUGUAUUUUUUUCUUUGAUGUUGCAGAGAUUUUUUUAUGCAAUCUUUUACACUUUUAUACUCUAUUUUGAACUUUUAUAAAAAAAAUUGACAAGUUUUUGUUGGGCUUUACAUGCCUCUGUAAAUAUGAAUUCAUAAAACUUGUCUUAUCAACUUCAUCCCUUUUUUGUAUUUUUAGAUGUGACAAUUUCAUUUUCCAGUUUCAAAGACUAAAUAGUCUUAUGUUUUUUUAGUUUUUACUUUUGUUACUUCAAUUUAAGAAUUGCAUUUUAAUCACAUUUCAGGCUGCAAUACUUUUAAUUCAUCCAUAGGUUUUAAAUGUAUUCCACUGUAUUAACCGCAAAAUCAUUGUUCCUGUUAAGAGAGUUGACAUUUGUUUUUAUUGCUGGUAAGUCCUUACACUGUCUCAUCAUUCAGGGAGAGUAAUCUGUAGUUUGAUGUGAGACCUUCUGAUAUUGUUUUUCAUACUUUAGAUGUUGUAUAUGCAUGUACGAUGUUGGAAAACAUUUUUUUUACUUUGAAUUUUGAAAUAUAAAAUUCUAUGUUGACUUUAAAGUUUUAUUUUUUUUAGGAAAGUAUAGAUUUUGUAAAGUAAUCAGUUUCUCUUUAAGCCUUAUUGCAUUGAUAUGUGUUUAAAAAUGUAAAAUGUUCUAUUCAGAAAUGUAUUGUGUGUUUUUUCAAAUAUAUAUAAACGGCAAACAAAAUGAAAAGGACAGCAAUAGAUAAACGAAACAGCCAAUCCUCAGGUGGGAAAACAAUAUAAGAUUUGAACUUGGUCAGAGGAUAUGUGAGGGAACCCCUACAGAACACAUGAAGCUAAUGAAAUAAAGAGCAGGCCAUGACCUUUGCAUUUAUGGAUAAGGUCUUUUUGUAGGUCGACCCGGAGGUUAGCAUUGCAAUAGCUUUCUCAACAAAAAGAAAAUGCAAUGUUUCCAUUGUCCAUCUGGAAAAUGCACUGAAAGUAAAAGUAAUUGAUUCAGAGAAAAUGUCCCUGUAAUUGUUUCUCAGUAAAAACGUUUUCCGGUUCGUAGCAUAGUGAUAAUAUAGAGAAAUUAAAACUAACCUUGUGCUCAAGUCACAAGGGUAAAAGAGAUGGGCAAAAAUAACUUUUAAUUGCUUAUAGGAAAAUUCUAUAAAUGUUUUCUGUGCAACAAUCUUAAUUUGUAAAGUAACAAGUCACUAAAGCUGUUAGGUAAAUAAUGCAGUGACAAAAGAGCUGCUAAUGAACACCAGGGGGUCCGGGGGCCCUGUGAGAGAAGAGCAGAAACAGAAAAAGCAAGAUGAUUUUCAAAGGUAAUUCAUAUGAACAAAUUUUAGUUGUUUCAAGUGCAUGAAGAUCAUCUAUAUAUGUUGUUGAUAAUAUGGAUUGAAUUUAAAUGUUUGCUAUUGAAACACACUCUACCUGGUAGUUGGCACGGCUCUCAGUGGCAGCCUGCUUCAGCAGCUCUCCUGUGUUCCUACUGUUAUUAUCUUUAUUUGUACUUGUGUCAUUAUUAUAAUAUUACUAUUAUUGUUCAUCUCUAAUAUUUAUUCUUAAUAAAAUGUGUGAAGUCUUCUA